AUGGCUUUGCGGAGAGGUUACCGAAAUUUUCUUUCGGCUUCUGAUUCUCAUGAGGCAGUGUCGCUUGUUAUUGGAUCUGGCGAAUGUUGGAGCAAUCUAGGCAAUCUAGUUGAAGAUGUGAGGAAUCUAUUGGUGCAUUUGCAAGUGCGUGAAGUGUUUUAUCAACCUCACAAAGGGAAUGAAGCGGUACACCUUUUGGUUCACUUCGGCUUACGUGAACAGCGGCGAUUGUUUUGGGUUGGUUUACGCUGGUGGCGAAUAAAGAAGUUGCUUAGUGUUUUUGAGAGAGGUGUGUGA